AUGCCGGCCUCUAGUAACUGGGACAUGGGAGCCAUGGCCGGCAUCAAGGCUAGCGCACGUUUGCAAAUGGAUCUGGCGUUUGAGCGCACCAAAUCGCGCAACACCGGGUGCCUCGCCUCACUGGGGAGUGAUGAGUUAUUGAUGGCCGUGGAAAGACACUCCACAAAUUGCAUAAAUGUCUUCCCAGGACACUGGUCGGCCAACUUGCGCGACUGCAGUUCGGAUGUGAUCCCCCCAGGCCGUCCGGAACAGAACAGCCUGCAUGGACGUCAUAACCAAUUUAACCAGUUGCUGACAAUCAAACGGAGUCAGAGGUUCCCAGAACAAGGCGUCCAGCAAAUUGCUAGUAAGCGGGCUACUCAAACCGUUGUACUCAAUUAUGGAGAGAGUGCUCACCUCUUACAGCAACCGGAAAAUAUCUGGGUUACAUGGGCUAAUCGCACGGGACAAACAGACUUUUGCCUCAGUAUGCAGUCUGCCACAUCACCAUUCAAAACAUGUUUAGUGGGGAUCCCAGUGUGGGAUCCUGCGCUGUUUAAGGGAUUUAUCAAAGACAAUAACAAGGAAUGUGACAAAUGGUGUCAGAAAUGGAAUCUAACGAUACCAGAUAUGGGGAAUGACACGAUGCUGCAUAUGGGUAAACGUAUGGCCUGCGUCAUUUGUUCACUUAAUGUUACCCUACCGUGGAAUCCCCCAGAAUUACAACUAUUGGGUUCUCAGUUAGUGCCCAACAAGACUUGGGACAACUUGACAAAUGCCUGGUGUAGCCCCGGGUGCGUAGGUUUUGCAAAAUUUAAAAAUAAUGGGUCAUUGUCACAGAAUUUAUACAUACUGUCGCUGGCAGGCCCAUAUUGGGAUGCAAAGCAGAAUAGGUCCAAACCUUUCACCCUUGUGAAUCCCCAUAAUAUAGAAGUGUUCUCAUGGAAUGGGGUUUAUUGCGGGUUUACAGCAAAUGAAUCAAGGCCGACGAAAGAUAAAUCUUAUUGUCAAGGGAUCUGGAUAAGUGGGACACAAAAGUUUGACAUUACACGACCUGACCACAGCAUCCAACACAAUGAAUGUAAACCACAAGAUAGUGAGAGCGGAUGUUGCAUUAUGCAAUAUCCGCGAGGCCAGGGAUCUGAAAGGAACAUCUGGAAUAAUGACACCGCAAAAGCGUUACCCCCGGGUAUAUUCUUGAUUUGCGGUGAUCGUGCAUGGCAAGGCAUUCCUAGAAACCCGGUGGGAGGGCCUUGCUACUUGGGCAAGCUGACAAUGUUGGCUUUAAGCCACACAGCUUGGACGUAACUGUUGAGGAACUAUACCCACAACAGAAACCGAUGUGGAGUGCACACGCUCCAGGAAGAUUGCAAUGGUGAUGUUAAGUUAUGGAGUGUCACGGCACGUAUUUUUGCCUCGGUCCUAGUGCCUGGUGUCGCUGCAACACAUGCUAUGCGAGAAUUAGAACGAUUGGCGUGUUGGUCGAUCAAGCAGGCAAACGCCACUACAGAGGUAUUGAGCGAGCUGCUCAUGGAUGUGGACAACAUCAGGCAUGCGGUUUUGCAAAAUAGAGCCGCCAUAGACUUCCUCUUGUUGGCCCAAGGCCACGGAUGUCAGGAUGUGGAAGGCAUGUGUUGCUUUAAUUUAUCUGACCACAGUGAGUCUAUACACCAGAAACUGGAGUGGAUGAGAGAACAUACGCAGAAGAUAACGAUCAAUAAUGACCCAUUUGGUGACUGGCUGAGGAAUCUGUUUGGCGGACUAGGACCGUGGGUUAUCCAAAUGCUUAAGGUGAUUGGUGUAGUGCUUAUAAUUUGCAUUAUGUUUUGCUUGCCAUGCUUAAUGGGAUGUCUGCAGCAGUGCUUACAGAGAAUGAUGGAACGAGCUUUUGAUCAACGCAUGGAAUAUCAUAGGCUGCGUGAAUGCCUGUAG